UGUGUGUGCGCGCGCGCUGAACUGAGCGGAGGUGAAGAAGAGGAGGAUGAAGCUGGGAGCGGAGGAUGGGAGGAAGAGUGGAGUAAGAGACAGGCUAGCUGUAUGUGAAUAAGUGAGUGAAGAAGAGGAGAGGAAGGUCGCCAGAGAGAGAAAAUAAAAACUUCUAUUUUUGGAGAUAAUUGCCGGAGCGUCGCCAACGGAAACUUUCAACUUUUUACCCGCCACUGCUCUCUUGUUGUACCCAGAGCCGGCUUUGUUUCGCGGCGGGGGUGUUGACGAUAAAUGAAGGAAUAAAAUAGACUCCCAUCGACCUGUUUCUACCCAAGCGGGGAAUACCCUGGGACUGCUUCUGAUAAAGGUUACGAGAGAAUGGCGGCCAACAUGUACCGAGUGGGAGAUUAUGUGUACUUUGAGAACUCCUCCAGCAACCCUUACCUGAUCCGGAGAAUAGAAGAGCUCAAUAAGACAGCCAAUGGAAAUGUGGAGGCAAAGGUGGUGUGUCUGUUCAGGAGGCGAGACAUCUCGGGCAACCUCAACACUCUAGCUGACAGCAACGCAAGAGAGUUUGAGGAGGAGUCAAAGCAGCCACAGCUGUCUGAACAGCAGAAACACCAGCUCAAACACAGAGAACUCUUCCUGUCUCGACAGUUUGAAUCUCUACCUGCCACUCACAUACGGGGAAAAUGUAACGUGACCCUUCUCAACGAAACAGAUGUCUUAGCCGGGUACCUGGAGAAAGAGGACUGUUUCUUCUACUCGCUCGUAUUCGACCCUGUCCAGAAGACCCUGCUAGCAGAUCAAGGCGAGAUUCGGGUGGGCUCCAAAUACCAGGCAGAGAUUCCUGAUAAGCUAGCUGAGGGUGAAUCAGACACCCGGGUCCAAGAGAAGCUGGAGACCAAGGUGUGGGAUCCCAACAACCAGCUCAAAGAUCCUCAGAUCGACCAGUUCCUGGUGGUAUUCCAUGCUAUGGACACGCUGCAGAAGAACAACUAUGACCUGGCCAAAGCCAUGUCCACCUUGGUUCCUCAGGGAGGUCCGGUGCUCUGCCGCGAUGAGAUGGAGGAGUGGAGCGCCUCUGAGGCCAUGCUGUUUGAGGAGGCGCUGGAGAAGUACGGCAAAGACUUCAAUGACAUCCGCCAGGACUUUCUGCCCUGGAAAUCCCUAGCUAGUGUGGUCCAGUUCUACUACAUGUGGAAGACUACUGACCGUUACAUCCAGCAGAAACGACUGAAAGCAGCAGAAGCAGACAGCAAGCUGAAGCAGGUGUACAUCCCUACCUAUACCAAACCCAACCCCAACCAGAUCAUGGUGCCCAGCAGCAAGCCUGGGAUGAACGGAGCGGCAGGCUUUCAGAAAGGACUCAGCUGUGAGAGCUGCCACACGGCUCAGUCUCCUCAGUGGUACGCCUGGGGUCCCCCAAACAUGCAGUGCAGACUGUGCGCCUCCUGUUGGAUUUACUGGAAGAAGUACGGCGGUCUGAAGACUCCCACACAGCUUGAGGGUGCUGCUAGAGCUGGCUCUGAGUCAGGCCCUCGUGGUCACAUGACACGCCAGGAGGUACAGGGAAUGUCGCCGUUCACCCGCAACGAGGGUCGAGCCAAGCUGCUGGCCAAGAACCGCCAGACAUUCAUCCUGCAGACCACCAAGCUCACCCGCAUCGCUCGGCGGGUGUGCGAAGACAUUCUGCAGCCUCGACGUGCUGCUCGACGCCCCUACGCCUCCAUCAACGCCAACGCUGUCAAGGCUGAGUGUAUGAUCAGGCUGCCCAAAGCCACAAAAACUCCAGUGAAGAGCAAGCUGGUGCCUCGACAGUCACUGGCCACCAUAGUGAAGGAUUUGGCCAUCUCUGCUCCUCUGAAACUGAAGGCAACCAGAGGACCCCCAACACCCAUCAACAGGAACCAGGCCAACCAGCCUCGAGUGGGCCAGAGCCUGCUGGGGAAGAGAAGCUUUGAAAGCGCUGCAGGAGUGCCAUACCCAGCCAAUGGGAGGCCAUAUACUUCAGGUAUGAGAACCACCUCUCAGUCUGUCAUCAAGCGGCAGAAAGUGAGCCAGGGAGAAGCUCCCAACCCUGUGGUGUUUGUUGCCACAAAGGACACCAGGGCUCUGAGGAAACAUCUCACCCAGUCUGAGAUGCGCCGGGCAGCAAGGAAACCUCACCUCCUGGUCCGGAUCAAACUGCCGCCGCCGCCACGCUCCCUAGCCAUGCCCAUCGUCCCCUCCAACACCAGCGAGCCCAUCGUCCUGGAGGACUGAAAAUGAGGGCUGAGGGUGGUCUUUUAACAGGACAUGGGGAGGGGCUGUGUUUAAGCCAUCACUUAUAGGCAGCACAGUACAGCAUACAGUAGUCUUUUUUUUUUUCCUCCCCCAUUUUCAGUGUCAUGUUCCUUUAGUCCUCUUUUACUUCCCAUAAGUUAAUGUGUUUCUCUCUCUGUCACACACACACACACACUCAGUAAGCACACAUUAAACCCUCAGGGCUCCAGCAUACACGCUGAAUUGGUCGCCAAUGGUAACCCCGCCUCGGCUCCGUACCAUUUAAACUUAGAGUGCAGUAUUGUCCUGAGUGGUAGGCGUCGCCACUAUCGGAGGAGGAGAACUCAAAACAGGAAGCAGAUAAUUUUUUAAAGUGUGCACUCGGAGGCUCUGAGCUGCUGUGCUCUGGUCAUUACAAUAGUGUUAAAAUCCAACACACAGCAGCAACGGCACAACUGGCUGAAGUGACAGCAGAGCAGCAUCUCGUACCAGCAGACGUCACAUCGCUUUGUUGUAGAGCAGCAGCCAGCGUGAUGGAGCCCUCACACUCACACUCGCCCUGCUUUUAAACGUGUCAUUUUAAAUUCAUAUAUUUUUCUUCCUGGAGCAAUGGUGAUGAAGCAGACAUCGUUUGACUUUCCCGUCUCUUAUCUUUGUGUAAAUAUAUGCAUCACUGAAGGGGCGA